CUAGAAUGCUGUCAUGGACCUGGCUAUCCCACACCCAUUGAUGCCAUGAAAAAUGGUCCCCGAGAGAAAUUGUUGUACACUGUAACAAUUCAACCUAACUUGGAUGAACCCCAUGGUGAUUAUCUUUCAACGGUUGAUGUUGAUCCCGAGAGUCCCACAUACUGUCAGGUUAUCCAUCGCACUUUCACCAAUCGUACCGGCAAUGAAUUGCACCACUCUGGUUGGAAUGCCUGUUCCAGUUGUUAUUAUGUCGAUAAGAAUGCCAAACGUGUACCGAAACGUGAUAAGCUCGUGUUGCCCGGUGUUAAUUCCGAUUUUAUUUAUGUUUUGGAUGUUGCUACAAAUCCCCGCAAACCAGAAAUCUGUAAAGUUAUCGAUGGCCAGGUAUUGAAAAGCCACAAUGUAACAGCACCCCAUACAACACAUUGUCUGGCCGAUGGCAAUAUUAUGAUUUCAAUUAUGGGUGAUGCUGAGGGCAAUGCCACCUGCGAUUUUGUAUUAUUCGAUUCGGAAUUCAAUUGUCUGGGUAAAUGGAUCAAGGGCGACAAGAAACCUUAUUGUGGUUAUGAUUUUUGGUAUCAACCAUAUUUUGAUGUAAUGGUAUCAUCGGAAUGGGGUGCCCCAAAGAAAUUCAGAAGAGGUUGGAAAAAUGAAGAUCUUAAUGACCUAACUCAAUAUGGCUGCCGUAUUAAUUUCUUCAAAUGGUCAACACGCACCUUAUAUCAAACUAUUGAUUUGGGUAUGGAUGGCUUUACACCAUUGGAAGUUCGUUUUAUGCACGAUCCCAAACGUGCCGAAGGUUUUGUAGGAUGUUGUCUAAAUGCCAAAGUAUUCUAUUUCAAAAAGAAGGAAGACAGUGAUGAGUACAUACACAAGAAAGUCAUCGAUGUACCCACAAAAUUGGUUAAAUUUGGUGAUAAUGAACCUGAAGCUAUUGGUGGUAUGGUCUCAGAUAUUAUACUCUCUUUGGAUGAUCGUUAUUUGUACAUCAAUUUGUGGCGACAUGGUGAUUUGCGUCAAUAUGAUAUUACCGAUCCCGAAAAUCCAAAAUUAACUGGUCAAGUAUUUUUGGGUGGUGCUAUUUGUAAAGAUUUAACCGAUGUUGAAGUUAUUGAAGAUAAGGAAUUGACGGAACGUCCUGAUCCAGUCUAUGUAAAGGGUCGCCGCCUUGAAGGUGGUCCCCAAAUGAUGCAAUUAUCUUUGGAUGGCAAACGUUUGUAUGUCUCUACAUCUCUCUUCUCGGCGUGGGAUAAAAUGAUGUAUCCCAAAAUGGUAGAGAAGGGUGGUCACAUUGUUAAAAUCGAUAUUGAUCAUGAAAAUGGAGGCAUGAAAUUAGAUGAAAAUUUCUUGGUCGAUUUCGGUAAGGAACCCUAUGGACCCACAUUGCCACAUGAAAUGCGUUACCCCGGUGGUGAUUGCACAUCAGAUAUUUGGUUGGCUAAUUGA